AUGGCGAAAGGGAAGAAGACGUCUCUGAAGACGGUGCUUUCGUCGCAGCAGUCAAGACUAAAGAAGAAGCAAGAAGCGGCUCUAGCGGCACAGGCCGCGGAAAAGAGCAAGAAAGGACCGCAGCCGAAGGGGAAGGGAAAGGCGAUCGCCCAAAGGUCUACAAUCCCGUUCAAACCUACCGAUCGAAUCCUCUGCAUUGGCGAAGGGAACUUCUCGUUUACUCGCGCUCUAGUUUGCUAUCCUCCCUCGUCACUGGAGUUUAUGCCACCGUCCAACGUAACUGCGACAGCUUACGAUAGUGAAGAUGGGUGCUAUGCAAAAUAUCCCGAUGCUGCAGAGAUCGUCGCUGAAUUACGAGAUAAGGGCGUUGAAGUUGUCUUCGGUGUCGAUGCUACGAAGUUGGAGAAGUGCUCUCCUCUGAAGGGCAGGAAAUGGGAUAGGAUUGUGUGGAACUUCCCGCAUGCAGGGAAGGGAUUAACGGACCAGGAUCGCAACAUCUUGUCUAAUCAAAUCCUCAUUCUUGGCUUCCUCCGCUCGGCCGCCAAUUUCCUCACUGACGGACCCAUCCCGGCUGUGAUGCCCUCUCGCAAACGCAAACGGAAUGAGGAUGAGGAAGACGACCCUAAAUCGGAUGCAGAGCGGGAGCAUGCUGAUGUAACAAUUGCCUGCGAUGUGCAGACGCGCGGAACAAUUCUCAUUACUCUGCGAAACGUUACCCCAUACAUCCUUUGGGAUGUUCCCAAAUUAGCGAAGAACCCCCCACCACCUUCUGCACAGGCGAACCCUAAUCCGCGAUACAUACAGCUUCGCUCGUUUGUAUUCCGCAAACAAGACUGGAGGGGAUACGAGCACCGCAUGACAAAGGGAGAGCGAGCACAUGGACAGGGGAAGACUGGCGAAGGUGGAGAGGACCGCACAUGGGAAUUCUGUCUCAAGGAAUAG